UUUUUUAAAUACUUCUCCCUCCCCCCUCCCGGACUGGGCGACCUUCUGCCUCUGCGCCUACUUCGCGGGGUGGGUGUGGGUGUGGUAUCGUAUCUCGCUGGAAGAGGUCCGAGCAUCUUAUUGGGCAGUCUUCAGGUGGGCCGCGCACUUUUGAGGUGACCUGGUAAUCUUUUCGUAUCAGUAGGUAUUGGCCCGCUCUCCGAAUGGCCCUCAACAAAUCUAUGCACGAGAGGAAUAGGUACAAGAACAAACCUCCCGACUUCGCUUUUCUGGCAUCCAAGUAUCCAGAAUUUAAGCAGCAUGUGCAAAUUAACUUGUCCGGAAGAGUGAGUGUAAAUUUCAAGGAUCCACAAGCAGUGAGAGCCCUGACGUGUACGUUGCUGAAAGAAGAUUUUGGACUUCAGAUUGAUAUACCAUUAGAAAGGCUUAUUCCAACUGUCCCCUUGAGACUUAACUAUAUCCACUGGGUUGAAGAUCUGAUUGCUCAGCAAGAUACUGCUACUAAAGGUUCUAUUAUAUGGGGAAUAGACAUAGGUACUGGUGCAUCCUGUAUUUACCCAUUACUGGGUGCAACUUUGAAUGGAUGGUAUUUUAUUGCAACAGAAGUGGAUGAUGUGUGCUUCAGCUAUGCCAAGAAAAAUGUAGAGCAAAAUAACUUAUCUGAUCUUAUAAAAGUGGUUAAAGUACCACAAAAAACACUACUCCUGGAUGCCUUAGAAGAAGAGUCUGAAGUUAUUUAUGACUUCUGUAUGUGCAAUCCUCCAUUUUUUGCCAACCAACUAGAAGCGAAGGGAGUAAAUUCUCGUAAUCCUAGAAGGGCACCUCCUAGUUCAGUCAAUACAGGAGGCAUAACUGAGAUUAUGGCUGAAGGAGGAGAGCUAGAAUUUGUCAAGAGAAUCAUUCAUGAUAGCUUGCAACUUAAAAAAAGAUUACGGUGGUAUAGUUGUAUGUUGGGAAAGAAAUGCAGUUUGGCACCUUUGAAAGAAGAACUGCGAAUCCAUGGAGUUCCUAAAGUCACCCAUACUGAAUUCUGCCAAGGUCGUACUAUGCGAUGGGCCCUGGCUUGGAGCUUCUAUGAAAAUGUCAAAGUUCCAUCACCUCCUUCCAAGAAAAGGAAAUUAGAAAAACCUCGGAAACCAAUCACAUUUCUCGUCUUGGCAUCAACGGCCAAAGAGUUAGGUAUGAGAGCUUCAUCUGUAGGAAUCAAUGCUGUUGAAGGAUUAGGAGUUGUUGCCGCAUGGAUUAGAAAACUACUCACUGACCUGAAGGUUCAGCAUAAAACACUUCCAUGUGGAAAAGAUGAGGUCAGCUUGUUUCUAACAGCUGUGGAAAAUUCCUGGAUUCAUUUAAGGAGAAAAAAGAGGGACAGAGUCAGGCAAUUGCGUGAACUUCCUCGAGCAUCUGAAGAUUUCCUGCAAUCAACAGAAGAAAAGAAUCAGAAAACAUCCUGUAACAUCUCUGAGUGUGAAGGAAAUGCAAAUGGGUCUACUGAAAAAUCUUCUGAGGUACUUUGUCUUGAUGUUGAGUCCUCAGAGGGUAAUGGACUCAAUAAUGUACCUGCAAUUCAGGAGAAAAGUAUGCAGGGAUCCAUUGAGGAAAGCAGCAGCGCAAAGGAACCAUCCUUCAUUUCAGAAUCCAAAGAUUCUGGGACCAAGACCUUUGCUACUGAAAUCCUGGCUCUUGAAACUGGACAGAAUGAUAACACUUCAAGGGAAUGGUUCCUUUUCAAAUGUGUGUUAAUUGUGAAGAAAGAAGGUCCUGAUAUUUUAAUAGAAAUGCACUGGAUUGAUGGACAGAACAGAGACUUAAUGAAUCAACUGUGCACUUACCUAAAGAAUCAGAUAUUUCGUUUGAUCACAACUUAAAAACAUGGAUGUAUGGAAGAAUUAUCCUUAUUUUUGUAAUCUUGCUUUUGUAUUUAACACCCUGUUUCCCUGAAAAUAAGUCCUAGCCUGAAAAUAAGUCCUAGCAUGUAUUACACAUGUGCAUAAUAUAAUCCGCCUGCCCCCCCCAAAUAAGCCCUAUUUAAGGCCCGUGCAGCCAGCUACCUGCCAAUUCCAUCUGAUUCUCACAGUGUGGUGGCCACGAGGCAAGAUAGGGUGGUGGAGCUGCCCCAUGUGCCCCGCAACCAGGCCAUUCACGCCCUGACACUUGCCUCGCAACAGCAGCAGCAACCAUGUUGUGGCCUGUCAGCUACCAGCCUCUCUAACAGCUGAGUCAGAUGAGGAGAAAGUAUUAGAGUGGCAAGGCAAGGCAAGUGGCAGACAACUAUUCAUCUCCCUUGGUCAGCUACUGACUUCCGAAUCCUGUCUGGGACUAUCAGACUUCUUCCUUUGAAUCGGCGGCACUACGAGUCAGGUGUGCCUUUUGGGUGGGAGUGUGGAGGUGUCUGCUUUUGGAAAAAAGCUAGUGUACCUUCCAGAACUUGUUGUGAGAGCAUGGAGAAAGAGAGAGACUCCUGAUGUGGGGCCAUUUCAGGGGGAAAGAGAGGGAGCUCAGCUUUCCACAGGCACUGAAAGACUUAUUAGCCUGUUAUGAGAGAAAGACUUUUUGCUAGAGCUGAUGAUGCUCCUAAUAAAGGGAAUAUUUAAUUAAGUACAGCGGGUUUGUUGUGUUUGGGUCAGAACACAUGCAAGAGGAGCCCAAGUGGCCGCUGGCCCAUUUCUGCUUGCUCAUGGCCACAAUGAAGCAGGAGGCUGAGUGGUGUGAUGGUACCCUGGCUGUGAGACAAGGAAGGUGAUGGGGUGCAUGGGGCAGCUUCACUGCCUCACCUCAUGACUGUGGCAGCAGUGCAUUGUGGGAUGUGACUGCUGAUGUGGCCGUAAGAUGAGGGUGUGGAUUGCCUAGCUGCAGGGGCCCUGAGGUAAAUCAGUGCAGAGCACAUGAGACAGCUCCAUUUCUCCUACCUCGCAGCAGCAGCACUUAUACACCACAUGGCCUCCUAUCCCACCGCAAGCAAACACAACUGGGCCUCUUGUACAUGGUAAAAAAUAAGACACUCCCUGAAAAUAAUGCCCUAUUGCAGUAGUUCCCAAACUUUUUCAGUCCACUGCCCCCUUGGUGCUACAAACUGAUCCUCAGUGCCCCCCACUC